AUGCCUCUCGGGAUUCAUAAUCCCUUGCCUUCGUCUUUGAAUAGCGAGUGUAGAAAGGCUGGUAAAAUCCUUGCCUCAUUUAUCGACCCUCGGCAAGCUUUUGGUCCUGAUAAGAUCAUUCCUCCCGAAAUCCUAGCAGGUGCUAAGGGGCUUGCGGUCCUCACCGUUCUCAAGGCUGGUUUCCUAGGCUCCGCUCGAUUUGGAUCUGGCGUUGUCGUUGCUCGCUUGGCGGAUGGCUCUUGGUCUGCUCCCUCGGCUAUCGCAACCGCAGGUGCCGGGUUCGGAGGUCAGAUUGGAUUCGAAUUGACCGACUUCGUCUUCAUUCUCAACGAUGCCGCCGCUGUCCGAACGUUUUCUCAAGUAGGAACUCUAACUCUUGGUGGUAACGUUUCGCUCGCCGCAGGACCGGUGGGCCGCAAUGCAGAGGCCGCCGGAGCAGCAAGCACAAAAGGUGUGGCCGCAGUCUUCUCUUACUCCAAGACGAAGGGUCUCUUCGCAGGUAUCAGCUUGGAGGGAAGCAUGCUAGUAGAACGGAAGGAUGCGAACGAGAAACUCUACAACAGCCGAGUGUCAGCCCGGCAGUUAUUGAGUGGGACUAUUAGACCGCCCCCAAGCGCGGAGCCGCUCAUGCGUGUGCUAAAUUCCCGCGCAUUUUAUGGCAACGGGAAAAACGGGGAUGUGAUGUACAAUGAUAUACCCGUUUACGACGACCAUCAUGAUGACGUGGUAUGGGAAGGACGACGGGGAGAUGCGUAUGGACAGGGUCUCCGACGUGACCGCACAGGUGCCAAUGAUGUGGAUACCUACGAGUACCGGGACCGACCCCGCCGCGCAAACACAUGGGCCGAUGAUGUAUACGACCGGCCUGCCGGGAGCCUGAGCCGCUCAUCGACCACCCGUAGUCCUCGCAAUGAUACCUCUGACACAUACAACCGCAGCCGAAGUAAUACAGCACCGUUCGAGGAGGACUAUGUUUAUUCUGACCACAAGCCCAGCCGACCCACGGCACCGAAGCCUGUUUUCGGGCAACGGACAGGACAAGCCCCUUCUCUGCGCCAAGACCAGGCGAUUGCCCUUUACACCUUCGAUGCCGAUCAAGAAGGAGAUCUAGGAUUCAAGAAAGGCGACAUCAUCACGAUCGUUAAACGUACCGAGAAGAAGGAAGACUGGUGGACGGGGCGCAUCGGAGAUCGGGUUGGCAUCUUCCCUGCGAAUUAUGUCGAUACGGCUUAG